AGAUGAACGAGCCGUGUGGGCGGGUGUACAGGCAGAGCACAAAGGAAACACACGGGGGGAUUGCGUGAGAACGGCUGCAAUCUCAAGUGAGAUUAUUAACUGAACUCGCCAAGCAGGCAGCGCCGCCCUGGAUGUUUUUCAUGCAUGGGAGUCCUGUAGUGGAUGGUGGAGCCUUUUCAAACAACUACGAAGCAGGAGGCAUCAGAGAGGGUCCAAAGUACCGGCUGCACCAGAAGAAGAGCACAGUGUGCUCUGCAGCUGAGCUGAGAUGACUUCUCCAUUCCAAAUACAUCAGAUCCAGUCCAAAAUGGAGCAAGGCUUGAACAUGAAGGACGAGGAGAAGCUCUACAAGUGGAAUGGAAUUCUCUACCCCACGAUCAUGAGCCCACCGGAAAACCUCGAUGCCAUGAAGAACAUGGAGGCCCGUGAGGAGGACAUCAUGCUGAUGGCAUACCCUAAGUGUGGGUUCAACUGGAUUGUAGCAGUGAUUCGGAAAAUAAUGAGUGUGUCUGCUGGCCUGACUGUCCCCAACAGGCCACCUCUGAUUGAGUUCUGGUCUCCAGACGUGCAACAGACUGUAGCCGAGUCACCAUCGCGGAGGCUUCUCGGAUCACACAUGUGCCCUGAUAACAUUCCCGCAUCUUUUACGACCAAGAAAACGAAGAUCUUGGUGGUGUUUCGAAACCCCAAAGACACUGCUGUGUCUUAUUACCAUUUCAUGAACAAAAAUCCAGUUCUGCCCAAGGUCGAGUCCUGGGACAAAUUCUUCUCGAACUACAUAAAUGGUGAAGUGCCCUGGGGUUCGUACUUCGGCCAUGCACUGGCCUGGGAGAAACGCAUGGACGAUCCAAACGUGAUGGUUGUGACCUUUGAAGAACUGAAGGAAAACUUGCCAGAAGGUAUUCGGAAAGUCGCCGAUUUCUUCAGCUUCCCCCUGACGGAUGAACAAGUCAAAAACAUCGCCGAGGAGAGCACGUUCAGCGCCAUGGUGGAGAGCUCCAAAACAUCCCACGGCCCUUUCAGCAAAGUCAUUUUCCGAAAAGGUGAGGUCGGUGACUGGAGGAACCACUUCAGUGAGGCCCAGAGCAAACAAAUGGAUGAAGAGUUCAAGAAGAAGCUAGCAGGAACCAAGCUAGGAGCCAAGCUGAAAUACAACCAGUACUGCCAGUAGGUGAAGGAUUCCUGACCACCCACCUGAGCCAAGCACCUGCUGACUGUUGACCUCUGUCAAUUCCUGUUUCUUCAAUUGCUUGAAUUAAUAUUUGUAUAACCUUUUAAAAUCAUUUAGGUUUAUUUAACGAUAUAAUUCUAUGAAUUAUAUUGGACUUGUUUUGAAAAUAAAAGUCUUUCAUUAAAAGUCUA